ACUACAACCGUGGACUCUCUCACUGACAUCGAAAGACCUCUCCUCCGCAAUCCGAUGAAGGAGGCUCGGUUUAUGGCCCUACUACAUCAGCAUCCCUGACGGAGCCGCCGGCCUGUCCCGGACCAUUCCUUGCUGCCUUCAUUUUGUUAUUUUCCGGAGGACUUUAUCUUUAUAGCCUUCGUAGAUCAUUCUAAAGAACUCCGCAUCCACUCUGCUAUGCACCUUUAGACCAGAUCUCUAAUUUCCGCGAUCAAUAUCUAAUCUCCUACAAUCACCUUGUCUAGUCCCUGCUUGGUCCUCUCAUCGAACCCCAAGAAUGCAGCCCAAUGCAGUGAUGUUGGCUGUGGUCCUUUUUGGAAACUUGAUGCUGCAUUACGUCUCGGCUCAAAACGCUGGGUUUGUGAAGUCGCCAAUGUCUGAGACUAAGCUCACGCUGGACACCUUUGAGCUGUACUGCGACGUGGUCGGUAACCCCACCCCGGAGAUCCAGUGGUGGUACGCAGAGAUCAACCGCGCCGACUCCUUCAAGCAGCUGUGGGAUGGCGCCCGCAAGCGCCGCGUGUCCAUCAACACGGCCUACGGCAACAACGGGGUGAGCGUGCUGGGCAUCACACGCCUCACGCUGGAGGACUCCGGGACCUACGAGUGCCGGGCCAGCAACGACCCACGGCGCAACGACCUGCGCCAAAACCCCGCCAUCACCUGGAUCCGCGCCCAGGCCACCAUUUCAGUGCUUCAGAAGCCCAAGAUCAGUGCGUCAGAUCAGAUCAUCCUGCCCUCGGAGACCAAAGGGCCCCCUGUCACCCUGCAGUGUAACCUGACCAACGCCCACGAAGGCCAACAAGAGAGCUUCUGGAUGAAGAAUGGAGUGGAGAUCGCAGACACACGGAAUGAGCAGAAGAACACAGAGUACAUAAUCAAGAAAGCAAAGUCAGAUGAGGCAGGGGAGUACAUGUGUGUUUACACGUUUGAAAUGGCUCCCAACGCCAACGCCACUAUUGAGGUAAAAGCGGCACCUGAGAUCACGGGCCACAAGCGCAGUGACAAUAAGAAUGAGGGGCAGAGUGCUCUGUUGUACUGUAAGUCUGUUGGCUACCCCUUUCCCAUCUGGACGUGGCGUAAACUGGAUGGCUCAAACUACAUGGAAAUCGACAACUCCUCUGGCCGCUUCUUCAUCACCAACAAAGAGAACUACACAGAGCUGAACAUCGUCAACCUGAACCGCACCUCGGACCCUGGUGAAUACCAGUGCAACGCUACCAACCACAUUGGCACCAAGUCCGUGUCGUCCAUCCUGCGGGUGCGCAGCCACCUGGCACCCCUCUGGCCCUUCCUGGGGGUGCUAGCGGAGAUCAUCAUCCUGGUAGUCAUCAUCGUAGUGUACGAAAAACGCAAGAGGCCAGACGAUGUGUUGGACGAUGAUGAGCCAGCCGCACCAACGUAA